AUGAGUUAUUCAACCAAAUCCUUCAUUAUUUUUCAAGAAAUUUUAUUAUUAUUACUAAAUAUAUUUUUACAAAGUUCUUAUGUCAGUACAAAUGAAAUUGAACUUCGAAAAUUAUUGUUUCAUGAAAGACCAUAUGAUCGACGAGUUUGUCCGGAAGCAGGCAUCACUAAAGUUCAUACGAAUUUAAUUUUACUUCAAAUUGAAAGUGUUGAUGAAAAAGCCCAGGUAGUGACAAGUAAUGUUCAAUUGAUAUGUGCCUGGUGUGAUCCAUAUAUGUCAUGGAAUGUUAGUCGUUACAAUAUAACAGAGCUUUCUGUUAGUUCAAAUUAUCUAUGGACACCCGAUGUUGUUUUAGUCAAUUCGGCCGAUGGAAAACAUUCACGCAAUAGAGAACACUAUGCAUUGAUUCUACGACAUGAUGGUUAUGUUCGAUUCAUGUUUCAAGAUUUAUGGAAAACUAUUUGUAAAGUUCGUUCUACAUAUUUUCCAUUUGAUCAACAACAUUGUACAAUAAUAAUUCGUAGUGGCUCACGUGAUGGUCACUCAGUUAAAUUCAUUCAACGACGUCCUAUUGUAGGCCAUUCAUUUAUUCGUGGUGAAUGGGAAUUACUUAAUUCUUAUACAGAAAUAGCUGACGAACGUAUAUCUGAUUUCGGUCAAGCUGAUUAUAGUCUUGUACGAUUUUCAUUAAUAUUAAAACGUAAUCAUGUACAUUAUUUAAUAAAAAUUAUCUUGCCAUUUGCACUAGUUUCAUUUGUAACAUUAUUUACAUUUUUAUUACCACCGCAAACAGGUGAAAAAUUAACUUUAAAUGUUACUAUACUACUCUCAUUAGUUAUUUAUUUGCAAUUACUUAGUGGAUAUAUACCAAAAUCGGAUGAUGAAACGCCUAUAUUAACAUUAUUUUGUAAUGCAAAUUUCUUUUUAGUUGUUUUAUCAUGCAUUAUGACUGUUUACGUUUCAUAUUUAUACCAUCGGCCAACAACAUCAAAUAUAGCAUGUGUACCAUCUCAUAUGAAAAUUAUCUUACUUGAUUACUUAAGCCCAUUGGUUUAUUGUAAUGUAAAGAAACAUUUGAAAACGCGUCGAUUAGCAAAAAAACAUGAAGCCGAAGAAAAACGACCCAGGAGAUUAAGUAGUAUUGAAAAACGUUUAUGUAAUUUGUUUACGUUUAAAACAUCGAUUCAACCAGCUAAUCAGCAGGCUGUUGAAUUACUUAAAAUAUUACAACAAGUAAAAGGUCAUAUACGUGCAAAUUGGUUACUACCAUUAAGCACUUCUAAUGAACAUGAUACUAUUAAUGACCGUUUAAAAAUUGACAAUCGACAACGCUUAGAUGAUUGGCAACAUGUUGCGCUAGUACUCGAUCGUGUUUUCUUUUUAUUAUUUGUUAUAGCUAUGCCAUGUACUGCUCUAUUAUUUAUAUUUCCUCAUUCAUCUGUUGGAAAUAAUUUACGUUCAAAUUUAACAGACACUAAAGCACAAAUAGCAGAUGCAAAAUGUCAUUUACUUUAUAAACCAACUUUAACAUGA